GCCAGAAGCAGAGGGUGAGUCUGGCCCGGGCCUGCUUUAGUGAUGCCGAUCUGUUCCUCUUCGACGACCCAUUAUCUGCCGAGGUGAUGGAUUCGAGGACUGGUGUCCUCAAGAAUAAGACCAGAGUUCUGGUGACAAAUAGUCUGACAUUCCUUUCGACGACGGAUCAGAUAAUUGUCUUAACGGACGGAAAGAUCGGAGAGACGGGAACUUUUGACGAGUUAAUGCAACGAAAGGGACACUUCGCUGAUCUGAUUAAUCAGUAUUCGGCCAACAGUUUGAACAAAGAGGAAGAGGACGACAGUGUCGUGAAGAAGAAGUCGGGAACCGUUAAGGAGACGAAAGCAGAUAAAUCAAAACUGGUUGAGGCGGAGAAGGCAGAGACCGGACGAGUCAAGUAUUCCGUGUAUUUCAGAUACUUUAAGGCUAUAUCACUGUUUUGGUGUAUAAUUUGUGUUCGUAAACUAUGCGCUGAUGCAGACAUCAGUGGCCGGAACCAGUCUAUGGUUAGCCGAAUGGUCCGAUUCGGUCGAAAGAGGCGAAAGAGACAGCACUGCCUAUUAUUUCUCCAUUUAUGGUAUCAUUUGUUUAAACAAUUUGAUCCAUUGAUUAGUUUGAGUCUUACUUUUGUGUCUCGUUUUAUAGGAGUGUUGGGCAUAAUUCAGACGGUGUUCGUAACGUACGGGUGGUAUGCGAUGACUCGGGGCUCAAUCAAAGCGGCCACGUAUUUGCACUUCAAAAUGUUGGAACAGAUAAUGCACUCUCCGAUGUCAUUCUUCGACACCACACCAUUGGGACGGAUACUCAACAGAUUCAGCAAAGAUGUCGACACCUGUGACUCCACUCUUCAGCAAACCAUACGAGUUGUGCUCACCUGUGGUUUCACAACACUUUCCACAUUAGUUAUUAUAUCUAUGCAAAUUCCCAUAUUUUUGGCGAUCAUCGUUCCGGUGGCCAUUAUUUUCUAUUUAAUACAGAAAUUUUAUAUAACAACCUCUCGGCAACUGAAACGACUGGAAUCGAUCACAAAAUCGCCAAUUUAUGCCCAUUUCAGUGAAACCCUGUCCGGUGUGGCCACUAUUCGCGCCUAUGGUGUGAGCGAACAGUUUGUGAAAGAGUCUGACGAUAGGCUGGAUCUGAAUAACGCCUGUUUCUACCCCAACGUCGCGGCCAACCGAUGGCUAUCCAUACGACUAGAAUAUGUCGCGAACUUUAUUAUACUAUUUUCGGCUCUCUUUGCGGUCCUUCAGAGGGAGUCGUUGGGCGCGAGUCAGGUCGGCCUCAUUGUGUCGUACGCUCUGAGCACAACCCAAAACCUAAAUUGGUUGGUGAGGGUUAUAUCCGAUUUGGAGACCAAGUACAGCGUUGAGCGUAUCCUAGAGUACACUGACUUGAAUACUGAGGCUGAAUGGCAUUUGGAGGCGACAGCGCCUCAGCCCGGAUGGCCUGUCGACGGAAAUAUUGAUUUUCAAACUUAUUCAACCAAAUAUAGAGAAGGACUCGAUUUAGUAGGAAUAGUUGGCCGAACGGGUGCCGGAAAAUCAUCGCUAACUUUAGCCCUCUUCAGACUCAUUGAGUCGACCGAAGGCAAGAUUAUCAUCGAUGGCGUCAGCAUUAGUGACAUUGUUACGGUCCAGACUUACGAUUAUACCUCAGGACCCGAUACUCUUCAGCGGAACCAUUCGCACAAAUUUGGAUCCCUUUUAGAGCUAUUCAGACGACCAGAUAUGGCGAGUGCAUUUGUCUCGGGUCUGGACUCAGCGCUCGAGCAUAAGGUGUCCGAAGGGGGAGAGAACCUGUCGGUCGGCCAAAGACAGCUCAUAUGUCUGGCCAGAGCUCUGUUGCGGAACACAAAAGUGUUGAUCUUAGACGAGGCGACGGCUGCCGUCGAUCUCGAGACCGAUUCACUCAUUCAAACCACUAUAAGGCAGGCCUUCGCCGACUGCACUGUCCUUACGAUCGCUCAUCGAUUGAAUACAAUUCUCGACUCAAACCGAGUCCUCGUAUUGAAUGACGGAAGAAUAGCUGAAUUCGAUUCACCAGAAAAUCUCUUAUCAGACGAGAAGUCAAUCUUCUAUUCCCUCGCAAAAGACGCCGGAAUUAAAAGCUAACAAAUGAUUACAAUAUUAUGUAUUUAUUAAUUAUGUAUUUAAUAAAUGUCAUUACAAUUUACAUUAAA